AAUACGACGCAGAAGUCUAUAAAGAUAUGUCUGUGUCAAAAAAUAUUCAAAGUAGCGAUUACAAUGAUGACGAAUUGGUGCCCCCUGAGUGGCUGGAUGUAUGGUUCAUCGCCAAGGCUCUCAGGGAUCACCAUGCGGAUCCCGAUUUAAAGGUAUUAGAGGUUAUUUUUUCCCCGGCCACAGCCAAGGGUGACCACUAUGCCAGUAUCAUGUUCCGGGCCAAGGUGAGGUACGCCACACCACGGGGUGGAGAGCUAACCACGUCACUGAUUAUCAAAACUAUGCCGGUGGCGGAGGGUCACAAGAAGGACAUGAUUGCAGGAUCGCCCAUUUUUAUAACUGAGGUGGGAAUGUAUACCAAGGUACUACCAGAACUGGAAAGAAUUCUGCUCCAGGCGGGGGAUCACACGAAGCUUUUCGUUGAAUGCAUUUAUCAUAGCAUGGAACCUCACCAAGUGCUGAUUUUUAAGGAUCUAGUUGAUAUGGGCUACUUUGUUCCAAGGGACCGAGGAAUCACCGAGGCUGAGAUACGCCUUGCAUACUUUAAACUGGCCAAAUUGCAUGCCGCCAGUCUCAAGGUGCAGAAUGAGAGCCCUCAGCUGAUAAAAGGUUUUACCCAUGGAUUGUUUGAAAUGCCCCACGUAUUGCAAGAGCCAUUCUUAAAAACCGGAAUGGUGUUCUUUAUUGAACUCUUAGACAGAGAACCGGAACUAAACAAGUACAAACCGUACUUUGAAAGUAUUGGCACUGAUUUCCUGGAGAGACUGAUAGAAGAGUGGAAGCAAUUCCGUAACAACCCACCAGCGGAUCCAUUCACGACUCUGUGUCAUGGAGACUUUCACCUUCGCAAUAUGAUGUUUAAGUACGAGAUGGAAUCCUUUGAGGACGUCAUGCUAUUGGACUUCCAAAUCAGCAAUGUCUACCCCCUGACAAUCGAUCUGGUGUAUUCCAUUUACAUGCUUAUGGAGCCCGAAUUCCGGUGGAACCACUGGGAGGACCUCAUAAACUAUUACUACUCGGUUUUUAAGGAAACUCUGGGGAAAAUUUGUUAUAAAGGGGAAAUGCCAACUCUAGCCGGUCUUUGGCAGCGGAUGCAUCAGCAUAAAUACUAUGAGUUCUUCCUUCUAAGCACUUUUGUGCCUUUUAUGUGGGCCCUCAAAGAUAAUUCCGAGGACUUCGGGGACAUUUUGCAAAACGAAGACAAACGUAGGUUGUGUUCAUUUUCGAAAGGCUAUAUUAACGAUGUCAAAAUAAUACUCGCACGAAUGGAUAAGUUGGGUUAUUUUGAGAAGACAUAAAUGGAUUUAUCUUUUGAACUAAGACUAUAAAAGAAUUUAAAAUAAAAACCAUUCCCUACACAUCUAAA